GUAAACUAUAUAAAUGCACAUGCUACUUCCACUAUGAUUGGUGACCUGGCUGAGGUGCAUGCUAUUAAAACGGUUUUCAAGAAGACAUCAGGGAUCAAAGUGAAUGGAACUAAGUCUAUAAUAGGGCAUGGGCUUGGUGCUGCUGGGGGUCUGGAAGCUAUCGGUAUACUGAAAGCCACUACAACAGGGUGGCUACACCCUACUAUAAAUCAAUUUAAUCCCGAGCCUUCGAUUGAGUUCAACACUGUCCCAAACAAAAAACAGCAGCAUGAAGUGAAUGUUGCCAUCUCAAAUUCUGUUGGAUAUGGCGGACACAACUCAUUUGUGGUUUUUUCUCCAUUCAAGCCCUGA